AAGUACUAAUAUAUCAUUUAUACAUUUAAUCUAAAUUGACUGUCGAGCAAAUGACAUAUCUAUCACAGUAUUAAAAGGGCAAUACUAGUCCUACCAGUAAAUAAAGAAGGGCAGUUCCGUAACUUCAGCAUUGUAAAAAUGUGCAUUGCCAUUUAGCCUCGUGUGGGGUAGGGAAAAAUAGAGAAGAAAGAAAUAUGGAAACAGUGGCCCUUACCACUUCUUCCUUUGGUACCUCAGCAGUGGCAGCAACCGAGAAGCGAGGCAGCAUCACCUGCUUAUCCUACGCCCCUCCCUGCAACCUUAACGUGCGCCACCUAGCAUCAUUCCACAAACAAUCCCAUCUUUUCACAAAAUCCCCAACAUGUCUUUUCCGUUACACCAAAUCCCAUGCCAGUCGAUCUUCCCAUGGCAUCUUCCUUCCCCACUUGGUCGCUUCGUUGGAACAAGUUCAACAAACUUACAUUAUGGUCAAACCUGACGGUGUACAACGUGGUCUGGUUGGAGAAAUUAUUUCAAGGUUUGAGAGGAAAGGGUUUAAACUGAUUGGCUUGAAGCUCUUUCAAUGCCCCAAAGAAUUGGCUGAGGAGCAUUAUAAGGAUCUCAAGGCCAAGCCAUUCUACCCUAAACUGAUUGACUACAUUACUUCAGGACCAGUUGUGUGUAUGGCCUGGGAGGGUGUUGGUGUUGUUUUAUCAGCACGUAAGCUGAUAGGGUCUACAGAUCCUCUUCAGGCUGAACCUGGCACUAUAAGAGGAGAUCUUGCUGUUCAAACAGGGAGGAACGUGGUCCAUGGUAGUGACAGCCCUGAGAAUGGCAAGCGCGAAACAGCCCUUUGGUUUAAAGAAGGUGAAUUAUGCCAGUGGACACCUGCUCAAGCACCAUGGUUACAGGAGUGAUCUUUCGGCAUAUGCUUAAUCCAUUGUUGAGGCGGGCACUUUUUAAGUUCUCUUCUGGGCACCUGUACUUUUAAUGUCAAAUUCAUAUCUGAUUUGAACAUUUCAUUGAAUAUUAAUUUAAUUGCCAUGUUAGACCUGCAGUUUUGUAAGAGUAAUGGAAGUAAUUUAUGCCUUUUCCUUUCUGUUCCCUGUUUCUGACUUAAUUUCUCAAAGAAUGGCUGAACUAUAACUGGUCUACAACCGGCUUAUUUCAGACCCAGUAAACUUUAAAUUUUAAGGAGACAUUGAUCUGUUCUUGCGUUUUCUAGUUAGUAAGAAUUACUGAUCCUAGUGAUUAGAAACAGAAUAAGCAGUAACCUUUAUUCUUUGAAGUUUAUGAACAUGUAUUAUAUGGUUACCAGCACAAGCUAGGGCUUAUCAAGCCCCUAAGUUUGUCCACCUAAUGCUUUAACGUA